AUGUUUACUAAGAAAUCUCAUCAAGAUGUCAAGAAAUCAUCAGUUAAAAUACAGGAUUCGAAGAAGGAUUCUGCGACCAGGCUGAAGCAUUUAAAAAUUGUCUUAGAACAUUACGAUGCCGAUGAAGCAAAGAGCUAUUUUGAAGCUAACUUCAGUCAUGUGUACUACAUUCUGUACGACAACUUCAUUCAAGCUGAAAAUAAUCUUCGUCAAAGAGAACUUCCGUUCCACCUCGUUCACAAAGCUGGCCGGGAAGAGCUAGAGGGCGCCCUGUCCCUUCUGGAAAAAGUAUUAUGCCUUCUACCAGAGCUGAUCACCAAGAGAUGGCAGUUGCACUCUCUGACAAGAAUAUUUUCGAAGCUACUCCAUAGUGGAAACUCACAAAAACUCCGGGCAGAGGCAGUAAGGUAUUUCCUGUUAUGGUAUCAAGCUCUCGGAGAUAAUGCGCCAGUGGAAGUACAUAAAAUGUUCGCAUCUCUCGUACCGGGCCUACCUGAGUUUUGUAUACAGCCAAAUGGUUCCCCGCUCAAGGGAAAGCCGUAUGACAUUACCACGAACACAUCAAAGGAACGUAGUAACUUCAGUAUAGAUGAUAUAAUGCAACAUCCGAACUUUAACGCAGAAAACUCGAAGAAGAUUGUCGUAGAACAAACUUCAACAGGCAUUAUAGGGAAAAUUGCGAAUGUAUCAGCUUCAAUAUUCCAUGAUACAAAUGCUUUAAAUCCUGUUCAAAGCGUUGAAAUACAGCCACUACUUCCGCCAACUGCCAGCGAAAAAGCUAUAGAUAAUGAAACAAAAUAUUUCUUCGAAAUACUGCUUGAUGGUAUGGCCACAUCAAUUACAAAGAUUCAGUGGAAGGACAGAUCUCACACAAAAGCCAUGAGAAGCUUCGCUUUUCUGCUUGAGAGAUUCAAGCUUUAUUAUUUGCCAGUGAUCUGUCCGCAGUUCAAUUAUAAGAACUCUUUAUACAAGCCUAACCUUGACUUGCCAGUGCAACAUAACAUCUUAGAUGACGACUACGUAAUAUGCCGAGUCACAUUAAUCAAAUGGGUAGCAAGCUACGCUCACUUCAUGAAGAAGCAGGGCAGUGAUCACGGUGUGCAACCGUCCUCUAUGACUAGCGCAGGAUCUCACAUGGUCCAUUCCACCACACCAACGCCGGCGAUGUCUCUGCAUCAUGAAGAAGAGACUUCGUUUACCGUGGGACAUCCGUCGGACUCUAGUAGAGCAUCCAGCCAUGAUUCAGCUUCUAAUACACCGCAUCCUAGCUUGGAGUCAGGAUCAGGGGUCUGCGAAGAGUUAAAUUCCGAACAAGUGGUGCGCGACGUUCUAUGUUGUUCAUCACGCGAACACGUCGACUUCACGAUCGAAGUACUGCGACAGGCUUUUUUGCUGCCGUUCUCGCACGCUGCUGCAGUAAGGCGUGUCAUCGCGCUUUAUAAGGACUGGAUACAGAUGAAUGUGGCGGAGAUCCCUCCGUUCCUAAUGGAAAACACCUACGAGCAAAGCGGUGGCGAGCCACCCAUACCACCGCGUCGUCUGCGCAAUGACUCCUACCUCGGCGCAGUCGGUAGAGACAAUGUGAUGGUGCGCGCUGGCUUGCAGAAUGUGCUUCAAGUAUUCAUGACGCAAGCGGCAAACGUCUUCCUAGCGUCACCGUCACCCGUGGCGCCACCAGGCGCCCUGAGCCAGCAACAAUUACUCGAAGAACAAACGGACACCUGCAAACGCGUCCUCAACAUAUAUCGAUACAUGGUUAUGCAUGUCGCCAUGGACGCUAACACCUGGGAACAAUUGCUGCUAGUGUUACUUCAAAUAACAUCUCUUGUACUCACAAAAGUACCACCGAAGAGGAAACAAGAAUCACUAGUGUCGUACCGUAUUAUUCUAGGAGGGUUCCUGGCACCUGCACUGUUCCAAACGCUUAUUGUAACAUGGAUAAAGGCCAAUUUGAACGUUGCUGUGAAACAAGAAUUAUGGCAGAACUUUAUGGAACUUUUGACAAGGCUAACGCAUUGGGAAGAUCUUAUAAAGGAAUGGGCUAAAACUAUGGAAACGUUGACCCGCGUGCUUGCCCGGCACGUGUACUCGCUGGACCUGACCGAAGCGGUGGGGGGCGGAGGGGACGCUCGGGGUACGAGAGGUGCGCGACGUGUCACCCCCGCACCCGUGCCCCUCCCACGCCCUGCACAAGGCUUGUCUACGCACCACCAGUCCGUUGCUGCUGCUAACGAUACUAGGACUCCUGGAAAAUCGCCAAAAUCGGGACACGAAACACACCAACGCAAAGAAACGAGCACUUCCCGACGCCAACUGCAACGAUGCCGGAGCGAUCCACACCUUUCCAAACUUAACACACGAACAGAGGCAGAUAAGGAUCAGGACCGGGAUAAGACGAGGCGAUGGUAUUCACUGGACUCUUUACGGAACUCUCAGCGACACGAAGAAAGGGAUUCCGAUGGUGGAUCUAGGUCACCGUCGCCGGCGCCUUCUAGUGGCGUCGAGAGCAGUUCCAUCAAAGAUUCACCGUUGCAGAUUGACUUGGUCUCAGACGGUGGCAAUGUUGAAUGGUCAGAGAAUGAUCCAGGCGAUGGAGGUGGCGAAAGUGGACUAGGUUUAGGCGCGGGUGCCGGCGUAGGAGUUGUACUGGGAGGGCGAGCUCGCGGCUGGUUGCCAGACGUGGCCGCAGUGUUGUGGAGACGAAUGCUUGCCGCUUUGGGCGAUCCCAAUAAUUUAAAAGAACCGCAGGCCCAUGCGCAUCUCUACAACUACCUCAUACAUCUCAACGCUACGCUGCUCAAGAUAAGCGCGAAUCAAACCCUCAAUGGCAACACAGAAAUCCAUGUGCCGUUCAAUCUGGUGGCAGGAUGGUGCCUCGAGGCCGAAGCUCUGCCACCUACUCACAGAGCGGGCAAAUUGCUUGCCUUGCGGUUACUGUGCGAAUCGACACAGGCGCAGGGCACAGGCGCACCUAUUUCGUGCAACAACCGCUUGCAUUUAGCGCAUCUGCACCUUUAUCAGCGAGCAUUGCAUCAUGGUCUUACUGGCGAAGAUCGGUCUGUAGUAGACGUUUUAGUAGAGCACGCGGCACCACGCUAUUUAUCGCUCGCUCUCGACGGAUACUCGCUACUGCUACUUGACUUCGUACAUGCUUCCACUGUCGUACUUAACUCCUCCGAUAUGGGACCUUCGUGUCCGCGCACGGCCGCCGUCACUUUUCUGGGUUCCCUCCUGUCGCUGCCAGACGGUCUGAUGAACGCGCCUAUGCUGCAACCUUAUCCUCAUCAGUACAACACCGUCUCCUGUCCUGAUCUUAAGGAGCACGUCCUGAACAUCGUCGUCCGCGUGUGCCGUCGCGAGGGCGCGGCCCGAGCGCGUUGCGCCGGCGCCUGCGCGCUCGCGGCGCACGUGGCUCAUCUGCUGGCAACGCGCGCGCCUUCGCCGAGGCUGCCGUCUUAUGUCACUUGUCUGCUGCAGAUGCUUAUGAUGAAGAACAAAAACAUAGCCAAAGUAGUGAGUGACGCAAUAUUAGUGCUAGCAGACUACACCGACCGCAUUGUAGAGUUAUAUCCCGGGCUAGCUGGUAAAAUAAUAAAAUGGAUCUGCGCUUGCUUAGCGCAAAUAUCGAGUAGCAGUACUCGGGACUCGGUGAAGCCACUGGCCGGGUCUUUGCUGUUGUGUCUGGCUGAGUUCGCCGUGCGCUGCGGGCCCGCAUACCUGAUGCAGGAGAAAGACGGAGAUCAGUCCUUGCUGCUCAUGAUAUUUAAGGUGUUAUACGCGGUGAUGCGAGGCACUAAUGGAUCUGACAUCGACGGACUAUCUCUGCCAGUAGACGAAGAUUUCGAUGCAAACAUACAGCUGGAUAAUCUAGGUCCUAAAUCUUCACCUGUUUCCACUAUUGAUGUGAAACUUUGGGCUCAAACGAUUUGCACGCAACUAGUGUUGUUCCUUGGGCACUGGCCUCUCUGGAGCGGCUGUCAGCUCUCGUCAAGUGUGUGCGAACAGCACGACAGCCCGUCUCUCGGCGCCGAGCUAGGCCCAGCAGUACUGAGCGCUCCACACGUACAACUGAUGAGAUUCUCUGAAUCCACGCUAGCGAGUCUCAUUGAGCUACGUGCCUUAGAACCAGCUGGAGCAGCUGCUACCACUCCUGGUCUAGCAACAUCAGAUCGUCAAGUACGAGUGUUACUCCGAGACAUCGCGGGUAAAGCCUGUUGGGACGCUUCUGCGCUCUAUUACGACCCUUCUACCACCAUCACAGAAGCGCUUGAACACCUCGCUUUACCUGACAGUGUUGACAGCCCCAGGGACAACACACUGUCAUCCUUACCUCCACCUCUACCGCCUAAUUUGCUACCAGAUUUUAAGAAUAGUCCUCCGGAUAAACAUCAAUUGGAUCAUGUGCUAGCAUAUAUCGGUCAUACAUCUCCUGAGGUGGCAUGUGGGCGACGGCUGGACGAGGCAGGCCCGUCGCCGCUGCCGCCUGGCGCAGAGGACGAGCUGGUUGCAGCACUCGUCUCACAUCGCAACGCCGAGAGACACUAUUUGGCUAAUAGAGAAAGUGAGGAAGAAUUAGAGCAAACGGAAUCGUGCGGGCCCGUGCCUCCAGGCCCAUUCGAGCAGUGCCGCUUGUUGCUGGCUCAACUGGGUACACUCGCCCCCGCACGUCGAACGCAUGCACAACUGCUGCGACGCUCGGACAGACUAUUGAGGGAGCUUAGAAACUUGGACGCGCAACGGUGUCGAGAAACGCACAAAGUUGCCGUCAUAUAUGUAGCCAAAGGCCAAGAAAUGCGUAACGAGAUCCUAUCCAACCGAUGCGGCAGCCCUGCGUACGAAGCUUUCUUAGCUGCCUUAGCUUGGGAGGUGGAACUGGAAAGCCACGUCGGUUUCGCUGGCGGCCUGCGAUCGGGCGGUGGCGGUGGCACCAGCGCGCCUUACAUCGCGACGCUCACAUUAGAGGCGCUAUUUCACGUCGCCACACGCAUGCCCGCUGAUACACCUGACGCUAUACUGAACAAGACACGUCACUUAGGCAACGAUGAGGUGCACGUGGUAUGGAGCGAGCACUGGCGUCCGUACAAGCGUGACACGCUACCCACGCAGUUUUGCGACGUGCUCAUUGUUCUCUACCCACUGGCUGGAGGGUUGUUGCGAUGUACCGUUUCCAGAAAACCUGACGUGUCAGUAUUCGGUCCACUAUGGGAGGAAUGUAUAGUGCACGUAAGUUGCGCAGCGGCACUCGUACGAGGAGCAGCGUUCGCAGGCGGACGAGCCGUACGGGCCACCAUGCCUCUGUAUCAGCACGCGUAUUCAGAACGGGCAAGAUCGCUCGAUGCACUCGUACAUCAUCAUACGCAGCCUACUACGUUUGAACACUUCGUAGAAAGGAUACGGGAACCAGUAGCCCUGCAGCCCGCGUUGAGUAACACUGCUGCUGAACAAGGAAGUGGUCGGCUCGCAGCGGCAUUACUGGACCACGGCGCGAGUACAUGGGGUACCAGCAACGAAACUCAUACAAUAUCGCCCCGACCGGUGAAGCGACUGGGACCUUUCAAACGUCCAUUGACGACACACGCAGGCCCCCAAACCGCGCCCCCUGCAACGCAAAUUACCCCUGCUCCCGUACCCCGACGAAAUCGAUGAACUCCACAGUAACCAACUCCUGUUACUUUGCAAUCAUUGACGUAGAAAAUAAAGAGGUGUUCUAUGGCGCCCUGACAAACUGGUCCUAGACUAGUAAGCAUUUGUUUACAGGGCUUGAAAAAUAGCUUUGAUGAAAAUUUGAAUCAAGUGUAUAUGAUCCUUCCGAGAAAUAAAAGUGACUGCGCUAAUGUCUGCAUAGUAGUUGAACUUCUGGUAACAUGACUGUUAGAUUAAGAAUAAUAAAGGACUCUGUUCACAAAGUGUCAGUAGCCCGAAUGUGCUAAAUUCGUGAAAAGUAGUUGCGUGAUUUUCUAAUUAGACAUGUCAUCAGACAGUAAAGAAAUUUUCAUCACCUAUUUUUGUAGAAAAUUAUUAGAAUAAGAUCAACGUUAUCCGCUGAAGUGUAUUGUGGUGCGAUUAUUAACUUAGAGUAACGAGUAUGUUGAGCUUGUUGUAUUUACGUAUCAAACUGAAAAUGCGAUGUACAACUUUAUUUUUCAGUAAUUUUCUUUAUUUUAAAGAAUAAUUUCUACUAUUAAUGUUUUUAUUUUGUUCUAUGAAAAAAUGUGUAAUAGUCAUUUUAAUUUCAUUCGUCCAAUGAGAGAUUGUUAUUCAGACUUAAUAUUCAAGUACUUAAUUAUUUAUAUAACCUUUUUUACCUAUCUGUUUUGCAUUUAAAAUGUAAUGUGGUUGAUUGCACAGCAAUUAGAUUAUAU